AUGUGCCUCACAACGACAUACGUCUAUUCCCUCCUUGCUCACCCUAUCUAUCCACUUACAUACCUACCCAACCACCUACCUGCAACCCGCCACAAGCCCGAGGAUGACUUACUGAUUGAGAUGCCCGGAGCCCCUCGUCUAGACGUGUGCGGCCACAAGCACCUCAUCCGGCACUACUGCAAAUUGAAGAACCCCAUGCUCUGCGACGACACCCUGAACGACAAACAGUGUCGGCACUACCAAUGCUGCAGCUGCAUCGAGUACGAAACCGGCGUCUCCACCCUGCUCGACGAGGAAGACAGCGCCAAGUUCUCCUCCACAAGCGACAGCAUCAAGAACUGGAUAGCGGACACACAACACAUCGAGCAGCCGGAGCAGCCGGAGCAGGAGUGGAGCUCAAAGGGCCAGGAAAUGGAAGAAGCCGCUGCGGAUGAUCCUGGACCUGGCGCUGCUCCUCCAACUGAGCAGGAGCAGCACCGUGAGGAUGAUCGUGCUCGGGAUGUAGAUGAGGGUGUGCAUAUGGACGAGGGUGUGGUUGUAGAUAUGGAAUGGCUGAAGCAAGAGUCCCAGUCCCAGGAUACGCAGUGGAUGGCCGCGGGGGAUAGAUCGCAGGAGAAGAACUGA